CGUAUAGUUGCUUCAUUAAGAACGUCUAGACGUAACUUCAAUUUUGCAAUUUGCAAUCGGUAGAAGUCUUUACUAACCAGCUCGUGCACUUAUUAGUUAGUUAUAUGUGUUUGUGAGCACUUUUUUUCGAGAAAAUUUGGGGCAAUUUUGAGGAUUAUUAUUAUAAGUCGUCACUGAAAUAAGAUGAUGUUUUCAUAACAUCGAAUCAAAAGUAAUAAAAAAGAUGUCUUCCUCACUAAAGGUAUUGUCAGUGCUGCUGGUCGUACUGUCUACCUCUUUUAUCAUAGCUGAAGAUGAAGAUUUCGCCUUCGACGUUUCCGACGAUUUCGAAAUUGAAUUUCCAGAUGAUGAAACUCUUCAAAGCCAGUUCGAUCUUAACGAUAUGGUAGCAACAGUCGGACAUAUAUUCCAUUUUGCUAUACCUACGAAUGCCUUUGACCAAAAAGUUGAUAAGUAUGAGGCCAAAAGUAGCAAUGGGGCUGUACUUCCGAGUUGGUUAAUGUUCGAAAAGUCAUCGGGCGUGUUUUGGGGGAUUCCCCUUCAGAACGACGUCGAAACUUUGUAUAUAUCUGUUCAUGGAGUUCAACCGAAAGAAACUAAGCCAAUUCAAUUCAAAAUAACGGUAAAAGAAUCGCAAGGUAUUCCAUCAUCACAUUUGAAAAAAUGCUCCGAAGACGAAACUAUCACACUUCUUACACUUGUAAUCGAUAAAUCACUAUCAAGCAUCAAACCGAAACAAAGAGUUAUGGCCAUCAACAAUAUAGCCAAAUUCUUCGGACUACCAUACAGUGCCUUUUCACUCACCGAGGACCGAUCUAACGGAGAAUCAGGGAAACCCGUAGUGCUAUUAGAACACGAUAGUUCACGAAAACAAAAAUCCAAGUUAACUACACUGAUCCAAGUUCCUGUUGGUUGUGAUGGUAGAGUUUGGCUUCAUGUCGUCCCACUUGUCCACCAGCUGAAGAAACAAGUCAAAGACGGUACAAUUAGCAAUGUUAUGAAGCUCCCGGCGACGGAUUGGAAAAUUAUCAAUAAAACUCCACCGCCAGUGAUCAGACAAAAGAGAUACAUCGACGAAACUGGAGAAACCCUUGUAACGACGUCACUAAAAGGAAAACACGAACGUGUUGCGUUAGGUCCUGCGGGUAGUGGCGACUACGAGGAUUACGAAUACGACUACGAUGGUGAUGAUUACGAUGAUACAGAAGGAGGUGAAGAGGAAGGGGGAAGGGAUGCUGAGCAUUCUGUUACGAAACUUCCGUCGCAAAGUUCGACAACUGUAUCGGUAGUGGAAACGGAAACACAUCCGCAUAGACAUCACCAUGGCGAGACGAGACCUGUAGAAGAAGAAGAGCCCGAGAUACGUGUUGUAAAGGUGCCAACAUUGGCCGAACCGUCGCCCACUUCUCCUGUGACCAGGAAAAGCGAGGACCAUGGUCCUUCAGAACACACGAUUUCGUGGCAACCUACCGAGAGGUCUUCUACCACUCGUAUGGAGCAUACGUCUGAAGCGACCACCACGUCCACAACAGCAACUUCUCCGAUUUACGUAUCUGAAGAAAUAACUGACAAUGAACAACCGAUUACUCAGCGAACCAACAUUUACAGACCGAUUGACGUACCAGAUGAAGAGGAGGAGGAUUACGGUGACGAUUACGAGGACUCUACCGAUGACGCAGAUUACGACGAAAAUGUCACGGAAGUCCCUACUAAUCCGCCAAAUAAGAUCACUCCAAAGACUGAACCAACCAGUGUGGAAACUACUAGAAUGGAAACUACUCGCGCUGAAACUCCUUCUCCUUCUUCGUCGUCGUCGUCAGAAGCAAGUAACACUAAUCCGCAACCAGAAGUGACACAAUUUGAACCGGAAGUCACCCCCACAUUCACCACUACAGUCCAAGAAAGUAGUGUAAUACCAAUUUAUAAAGUACCAUUCGUUGAAAGCACGGUAUUCACGAAUACCACGACUCCUACUCCUUCAACGGAAUAUACUACAUCGCCUUCAAGAACUACCAUUGUUUUUGACGAUCUAACAACUAACAACGACAAUCUUACAACAACAUCUAAACAUAGCACUCAACGACAUACAUUGGUAACGCAACAGGCAAGUUCAACAUCUGCUGCUACCACAGUGAGUUCGACAAUUACGUCAACAGUUCCAACAACGGAAACUACUAUGAUUGAAGUUAGGAACUAUCCACCAACGAUUCAAAACAGACUCAAUAGCAUCGCAGUAACGGCAGGAAAAGUAUUCGAAUAUGUUAUUCCCGAAAAUACUUUCAUCGACGUCGAAGACGGAAACAACUUGAGAUUAGAGUUGUUAGAUCACGAAGGUAACAUGGUAGGCAAGAAUUCAUGGUGCCAAUACAAUCCUAGAGAAAGGAAGAUCUACGGCUUACCAAUCGAGGAAGAUGUUUCCGGCUGGGAAUACAUUUUAAAAGCGACCGACAGCGAAGGAGCGUCUGUUUCUGAUCAUCUUAAAAUCCGUGUUCAGCACCACAAGUCGCGACGUGCCGUUAAUCACGAAUUUUCAUUGCACGUUUUCGUUGAAAAGAAAUACGAAUUUCCUCACACGAUUGACUGGGCUUUACGAGUUCUUCGUGGUCUAGGAACUUUAUAUAGUCUUGGGAAUUUAUCAGAUAUCACUGUAAGGCGAAUCGAACACAAUAAAGAGCCAAUGGUGCUGACUUGGACAAACGACUCGUUACCAAAGGAUUUUUGUCCCAAAGCUGAAAUACUCAAUCUCUUUAGUAUACUAACUUCAAAUGACAGAGGAGAUCCAUCGAAAGCCUUAAGUCUAAGCCUUGCUCCUGAAAUCAGGGUCAAAAAGGUCGCACAUAAACUCAUUGGAAUUUGUGAAUCUCAACCACCUGCUCCAUCGGAGCCCACAAACUUUCCUCCAAUUCUUCGGAACGCUGUCGAUCAUAUAAACGCAUCAGUCGGCGAACUUUUGGUGUACCGAGUCCCCGACGAUACAUUCUACGAUCCGGAGGAUGUGGAAGGUCGCAACCUACGAAUGUUCUUGUUAACUAGUGACCGCAAACCACUACCACCCGAUAACUGGUUGCAGUUCGACAGUAAAAAUCGGGAAUUUUACGGAAUACCACUUCCGAAAAAUGUUGGUCGAACAGAAUAUACUCUGAUUUGUGAAGACUCCGGUGGAUUGACAGCCCCCGACAGUCUCGUGGUCGCAGUGCAUCAGCCUGCCAGAGUUAAUUACAACAUGGAAUUCAGCAUGACCGUAGAAACGGAUUACGAAACGUUCGCAACGAGUCCGAACAUGCAAAGAAAGUUCAUAGAGAAGCUUAGAGAUCUCUUUGAAGACCGGGAUACUAAUAACAUUCACCUCACUUCAAUAAGCAAAGGGUCCACAAUAGUGAGUUGGUACAAUAAAUCCCUACCGGUGACUCACUGCCCUAAGGACGAAAUAAGGAGACUGGAAGCUGUUUUAAUAUACAGCGAUCGAUCUAUAAAUUCUCGUGUCUACGAUAUAAUGAGACCAGAAUUUUCUGUUUCGAGAAUUAAUUUCCAACCUCUCGCUGCUUGUAAAACACGGCCCAUAGUUGCUCCGACUCCAGAAGUUAUUCUUCCUCCAGAUGACUCGUCGGCUCAAGAGAGUCACGAAGAGUACCUGGUGACGUUUAUAGUUCCUGCGGUUAUAAUAGCAGUAAUGUUACUUCUAGCAGGAAUUGCUGCUUGCAUACUCUACCGUCGAAGACGUUCAGGCAAAAUGAACGUUGAAGAGGACGGUAGACAGAGCUAUGGAAACAAGGGAAUUCCAGUUAUAUUCCAGGAGGAACUAGAGGAGAAACCGGAUCCUGGAACCAAGGCUCCAAUUAUUUUAAAAGACGAAAAACCACCUCUAGCUCCUCCUGAGUACAGCAAAAGUGGAUCCUUAAAAAUGAAUGAUGAUUCUGAACCUUAUCAUCCACCCCCGCCGUUUACUCGUACGCAGGAUAAUGGGAAACAAUCUCGUCCCAAACCGACUCCAACUUAUAGGAAACCUCCCCCUUACGUGCCCCCGUAACAAAUAAAUUUUAGGUUUUUGGAGCAAUAAACUGGACCGAAAGCACUGCCACGUUUUUUCUCUCCUUUGUCUGUGACGGAACGAAUGCUCUUCGUUUUCGUUUUUGAAACUGUAGGCAGUGAAGUGAUAAUACCAAGUCAUAUGACAACACUAAUCUAAAAACAAAAAGCAUGAUAUUAAAGUGGCAGCUUCAUUGCGUACAAUAAAAAUUCUUGUUUUCGUU